CCUUUCCCCGUCCCCGCCUUCUGUCCCCGUCCCCGCUGCUUUUCCGUGUCCCCAUCUCCGCUGCCUCUGUGCCCCGUCCCAAUCCCCUUCCCCAUCCCCGUCCCGGUCCCAAUCCCCGUCCCCAUUCCCGUCCCGCCGCCCGGCGCUCCCGGUUCGCUGCCGUGCUCUCGCCCCGCCCGGCGGUCCCGGCGGCCCCGGCGGUGUCCCUGCAGUGUCCCGGCGGUGUCCCUGCAGUGUCCCGGCGGUGCGGGGCCAUGUCCCGGGCGGCGGUGCGGGUGCUGCGGCUGGGCGCGGUGCCGUACGCGGAGGCGCUGAGGGUGCAGGAGCGCUGUGGUGAUCUUGCAGGUGUGCACUGUGGGAACCACAUCACCUCGCACGGGCUGGCGCUGAACUGCUGCACUGACCUCACCUGGUUCGACCACAUCGUCCCCUGCGGGCUGGAGGGGAAGGGGGUCACCUCGCUGAGCCACGAGCUGGGGCAGCACGUCGCCGUCAACCACGUCCUCGAGCCCUUCCUCGACUCCUUCCAGGAGGUGUUUGACUGCACUUUGGUCUCUUUGGAAGAGCCCGGGGAUUAGGAUUGUUGUGGUGCCUUGGCUGGCUGUUUUGGCAGAGCCACGGGCAUCAGGGCAGCCCUGGGCAUCUCUGUUGUGAGAUGAGUUCUCGUGCCUUUGCCACUGUGAGUGGACAGUGGCACAGCAUUUCAGGCUGCUGUUUCAACAUCCUAACCUCCACUGGGGCUGUUCUCUCCGGCCCCGUGAGCCUCCUUCCCUCGUCUGAGACCUCCACGGGUACCACGUCCCCACAUCACUUGCUGGGGAGGUACCCAAACAGGUGCUUUUGUGGGUCUUUUUCUGCUUUUUGCCCCACAAAAAUGAAAGAUUUGUGUGAAUGCUCAUGAAUUCACAUGAAUUCAUGUGGGUCAAGCAUCCUUCCCUUGCUGAUGGGUAAAAAGAGUCAGAUUUUAUAUAUAAAGAGAGUUGCUGGGAACUUUG